GUAUAUAUUCUUUACUGUACACAUUGUUUGUUUACUUCAUGGCUCUUUGCAGCGAUAUCUUUUCCAGUUAAACAUGUUUGCCAGCUGUAUUUAAUAAAUUAGAGUCUCGCAGUAAAUGUUAUAGUCUUUUCACUUAGUUUAAUAAUAAGUAUUUAUUUUUACUCUCCUGAUAAACCGGGCUGCUGUUUGUUAAAUGACUUUAGUACCUAAUGAUGGAGGAGCAGAGUCAGGACACUGUUGGAGGAGGACUGUCUGUAGAAGAUGAAGAGGUGGAAAACGAGAAUCUGACAGAGAUGGCAGCUUUAGACACAGAGGAGGAGGAAGAUGAGGAGGCUCUUCCUCACUCAGAGAUCCUGGAUAUUUUCGAGGAAGGACUUGCUCUACUUGUGCAGGACCCUUUACUCUGUGAUCUUCCAAUUCAGGUGACUCUGGAGGAGGUCAAUUCUCAGAUUGCUCUGGAGUACGGCCAGGCGAUGACUGUGAGGGUUCUAAAGGCCGAUGGCGAGAUAAUGCCCAUAGUGGUGGUGCAAAAUGCAACUGUCUUCGAUCUGAAGAAGGCCAUCUGCAGAUUCAUGGAGCUGAAACAACAACGUGAAGGCGGAGUGAAACACGUCAGCUGGAGAUAUGUUUGGAGAACUUAUCAGAUGAUAUUUCAAGGGGAAAAGCUUGAAGAUGACAAGAUGAGGCUUAAAGACUACGGCGUCAGGAACAGGGAUGAAGUGACGUUCAUGAAGAGACUCAGGAAAAAGUGAAAUGUCACACACGAUGUUUGGACAAAAUGACUUUCAGAAAGUAUUCAUGAUUGUAUGACUUGUUUCUCGACAUAUCUUUGUACGCAUUACAAACGGAGCUUCUCGAAGAGGCUACAUGUAAAUAAAAUAUGUGCAAAUGUGAUUUUGUAUCAUUUUCUGAAAACAU